AUGUUGAAGUCGGAGAUGAAUGGUGGUGGUAGUACCAGUGUUGGGGUUGAGGAAGGGAAGCUGUCGAAGCGGCCGGUGCAGGCGAGCUCGAGGAAGGGUUGCAUGAGGGGGAAGGGAGGGCCGGAGAAUGCUAUGUGCACUUACAAAGGCGUCAGGCAAAGGACGUGGGGAAAAUGGGUGGCGGAAAUCCGUGAGCCGAACCGUGGGGCCCGGCUCUGGCUCGGGACUUUCGACUCCUCCCAUGAAGCUGCUCUGGCUUAUGACGCUGCGGCCCGAAAGCUCUACGGUUCCGGGGCAAAGCUCAAUUUACCAGAGCAGCGAGUCCCUCAUUGUCAUCAGCAUCAUUUGAAUCAGCAUCUGCAGAAUCAAGUCGUUCCCUCGCCGGCCAAUCCCGGCGUGCCACCUCAAAUUCCGAACCAAACCCUUGCGCAGAACAAUCCAUCAGGUACUGGGACUAAUCCUGCAGGUUAUGUUGCUCUUGUGAACGAUAUUGCGGUACCUUUUAUUGGCGAUAACUUUCUGACUGUGAAGGCGGAUCAGCCCCAUAGAAAUUGGGCUGUGGCCCUCCCGGAGCAGGGCGGCGCGGAAGUGGGGGAGAAUAUGAGUAGUGGUGGGAAUAAUGAAAUGGAGGGGAUACUCUGGGGGAACACAAGCGGGAACUUUCCGGUGUUUGAUGACUCGAUAUGGACGGAGGCCGCCAUGUCGCUUGAUCUUCCGGCGGUGGAAGAUUAUGGUGUUUUCGGUGGCGGUUUCGUGGAUGGAACUGGCUGGGAAACAAUGCAUUCGUAUUAAUGGUGCAUGUAACUCAAAAUUGAAGGUAUAUAGAUAGAGGUGGUAGCUUGGUAAAUAAAGUUGCACAAUGUCUUCAGAAGUGCUUCAUAUGUCGAAUAAUAAUAUAUGUACAGAACUAGUAGGGGGUGUGUGUAUAUAUAUAGUCAAAAUAUAUGGAGGUGUAUAAAUAUCUAGAGGGCUGCGGCGGCGAAUGAGCUUUUCUGCUCUUUGUCGUGGUCAUUCCAGUGUGCUGUAUAUAUUAUAAACCAAUAAGCAAUAAGGUUUUCUUUUCUUA